GAACAGAACCAUUUUUAGUAGUUUAGUUUUCAUUGUUCUAUUUUCUUAUUUUGCAGGUAAUGAUUUGAAUUGAAGAUUCGAAGGUCCAAUAACUAGUGAUUCAUAUCUCUAAUUUACCAAACACUGGUACUCAAUAGUAAAAUGUACUAUGGAUUUAAUAUCUUCAUUCAGUAACCUUUCUGUGGACAACAGGCAAUCAAAAGUAACCAGUUUUGCAGCUAUAAUUUGUGGAACUCAUACAGAGUUCUUGCUUACUCAUUUUCCCAACUCAAGACAUCUACUAAUAACACAGUUUGGAAAAAUUGGAAACCUGUAUCAAGUGAGAAUUGACCAACCUGAAAACGGAUUGAGUAUCACAAACCCAGUGUACACUAUUUCAUCAUUGAUUGGGGCAGAAAAUAUUGAAGCAGAAGUAGCUGCAAGAUAUCUUACUGAAAAGCUAAAAAUACAAAAAUCUCUGUUGUUGUGCCUGAGCUUGAAGGAUUAUAGUAGAAACUCACUGAAUGCCAUCAUCCAAGCUAUUCAAGAAUAUCAUACAAAUAUUUAGAAUUGCUCACAAUCAUAACAUUCAUAAUGGCAUUAAUUAAAAGGGCUAAGAAAGCUGAGAGCUUUUUUGGCCAAGUAGUUAUAGGUCCACCAGCAUCAGGUAAAACAACAUAUUGUGGGAGAGUUCAUGCAUUUUACAAAGAAAAACUCAACAGAAAAGUUGAAGUUGUCAAUCUGGACCCAGCAAAUGAGAAUAUGAAUUACAAUCCCAUGAUUGACAUAAUGCAUCUCAUAACUGUUGAAGAUGUUAUGAAAAACUUGAACCUAGGCCCUAAUGGAGCACUCAUGUACUGUAUGGAAUACUUGGAAGAAAAUUUUGACUGGCUGUUGAAUCAGCUAAUCACAAUCAAAGACAGUUACUUGAUUUUUGAUAUGCCUGGGCAAGUUGAACUGUAUACCCAUCAUAACUCCAUAAAAAAUGUUUUUGAAAAAUUGGAAAAGUUGAACUAUCAUUUGUGUGCAGUUCAUUUAGUUGAUUCACAUUAUUGUUCUGAUCCUUCAAAAUUCAUUUCCACUCUGUUGCUUUCCUUAUCUACAAUGAUGCAAAUUGCCUUACCACAUGUGAAUGUCUUAAGCAAGGCAGACCUGUUGAGAAAGAAUGCCUCCAAACUGGAUUUUGGUUUGGACUUCUAUACAGAUGUUCUAGAUCUUGAUUACCUCUUAGGUCUCCUAGAUGAUGGACCUUUCACAAAAAAAUUCAAGAAAUUAAAUGCUGCAUUGGUUGGUCUUAUACAAGACUACAGCCUUGUUGGGUUUGUUCUACUGGAUGUCAGAUCAGAGAAAAGUUUAUUGGAAUUAAAAAGUGCUAUUGAUAAGGCAAAUGGAUACAUCUAUGGCAGUGGUGAAGAAAGAAAUAUACAAGCACUACUUUCAUGUGCUGUAGGUGCUAGAACAGAAUCAGAAAGAUUUGAUUCUGAUUAUUUGUAGUAUGUAAUAACUUAUUCUCUAUGAUAUUUGGAAUAAAUUGGUAUCCC